AUGGCGGUGCCUACAACUAUGUCCAAGGAAACCAGAAUCAUAUCGUCAACCGUACGACUACCAAUACCCCGUGAUUUGAAUAACACCUAUACCACACACGACGAACUACGGAGAUGGGACGUGUGUGUGGGACGAACAGUGGUAGUUGUUAUGAUGAACCUAAAGCAGCGGCUUCGAAGAGAAUGUCUUUCAGCUGUUUCGAGGUGUUGGGAUACUCCUCAGAUAUUACCUAUUCGGAAUCUCGAACAAUGA